AUUUACCCCCUUUCUGUGAGCCUCGGUUUCCUCAUGUUUUCGCUUGGAGGACUAGGUGACUUACGGUCUUUUAAGGUCAGAGUAUGUGAUUUCUCCUGUGAUGCUGGAAUAAAGCGCGGAAGCCAGUAGCCAGUAUGAAGUCGAAAGCUCCGCUGAAGAGUAUGAGGACCACCGUGGGAAAGCGUAUAUUCAGAAGUUUUGCUAAAUGAGCAGCCAACAGCUGCUGAGAUGAUGGAUACGUAAAUGUGUUUGAUAGUAAUUAUUUUACUAUAUGUCUAUCUGAUAUGUAAUAUAAACAAUAAAAUGUUGGGUAUUUUUUUAAAAACCCGAACCUUUGGCCAGUUCCCAAGGUCACGAUGCGUGUGCCUCCCUGCGAGGGGAAGGCGGCAAGCUCCGCGCCAGCAGCGUGAGGACGGCCUCGCCCUUCCCGAUGGGCCGCCUCCCGCCUGCUGUCCGGACGGGGCGGUGGCGAUGUCGCGGGUGGACGCCAGCCCCAGGGAGCGGCCCCGCCGCCCGCAACAUGGCAGCUCCGAGCCGGGCAGGCCGGCCCGCUUCCGGGUUCCGUACCGCCGGCCGGGCGACUUCCGGCAGCGCGAUGGCUGGGUUCCCGGGACUCGAACGGAAGUUCCGGCGGGGGCGGCCGAGGGGGAAGAGUGUGUGUCUGUGGGAGAAAGAAAAUUGCCCGAGCGGUCGCGGAAGCCCCAGGGAGCGAGGCCCAGCCUGCAGGGAGCCCUGCAGUGUAUGUGUGGUAACACCAUGUCUAUGCCCCUGCUCACCGACGCUGCCACCGUGUCUGGAGCUGAGCGGGAAACGGCCGCGGUUAUUUUUUUACAUGGACUUGGAGACACAGGGCACAGCUGGGCUGACGCCCUCUCCACCAUCCGGCUGCCGCACGUCAAGUACAUCUGUCCCCACGCGCCUAGGAUCCCUGUGACACUCAACAUGAAGAUGGUGAUGCCCUCCUGGUUUGACCUGAUGGGACUGAGUCCGGACGCCCCAGAGGACGAGGCUGGCAUCAAGAAAGCUGCAGAAAACAUCAGGGCCCUGAUCGAGCACGAGAUGAAGAAUGGGAUCCCUGCCAACCGAAUUGUCCUGGGCGGCUUUUCACAGGGCGGGGCCCUAUCCCUGUACACAGCCCUUACCUGCCCCCACCCUCUGGCUGGCAUCGUGGCGUUGAGCUGCUGGCUGCCUCUGCACCGGAACUUCCCCCAGGCGGCCAAUGGCAGUGCCAAGGACCUGGCCAUCCUUCAGUGCCAUGGGGAGCUGGACCCCAUGGUGCCAGUACGGUUUGGGGCCCUGACAGCUGAGAAGCUCCGGUCUGUGGUCACACCUGCCAGAGUCCAGUUCAAGACAUACCCAGGUGUCAUGCACAGCUCCUGUCCCCAGGAGAUGGCAGCUGUGAAAGAAUUUCUUGAGAAGCUGCUGCCUCCGGUCUAACCAGAGUUGCUAGUCCCAGUCCGGUUCCCCAGCUCACAGGGGACCCAGCAAGAAAGUGUGGCACCAUCUUGGAUCUGAGCCGGUUGAGCCCUCGUUUCCCCCUCCCCACCCCAUCCUCUUCCCACAGGCCUCUGGGGCAGGCAGCCAAGGCCUGGCCAGGCCUUCCUUCCUGGCCUCAGCCACCUGGCAGUCUGCAGCAGGGUGGGCUGCUUUCUUAGCCUGCUUCCCUGGGGGUGGGCCCAGCAGUAGCAUCGGAGGGGCUGUCGGCAGCGGGAGAAGGGCCCAGCCACUGACCCACUCACUCAGGACCUCAUUCUGUAGCCCCGCUUUGGGCCCCCUCCUGCGACCUCAGGGUUUGGCCCUUGGGGCCCUCCCAGGCCCCCACCCCAGUGGUUCUGCCCUGAUAAUCAUGUGUCUCUCUGCCUCACAGCAGCUGCUUCUCAAUCAUGAAUGUGUCCAUGGCCUGGGGCCCCUAGCCGCGCCCUCGGCAGGAUGUGGGUGAGGUGGAGCCCUUCAAGGGACUUCCCUCAGCGACCCACUUGGGGCUGGGCCCUGCCACCCCUCAACCUCCAGGCCUGGAGCCUUGAGGCUGGAUUGAGGCCCAAGGUCUCCCCUGGCUCUCUCACCCCCACUGUGUCCCCACUCUAGGGCCAGGGAGGCAGUGGGGAGCAGUUUUGUCUCGUCUUCUGUCUCCAUGUGGUUUUGAGCGUUUUUCUUGUUGUGUCCUAGAUUCCGAUAAAAUUAAAAGAAAUCGUUCCCUCAA